AUGGCGCCAGCCGCGGUCGCAGCAAGCGCAUCGGGCGCCGCUGCCAUGGCCGGCGACCCAUCGUCGUCGGGCGAGGACCAGCUGACCAUCGAGAUGCUCGGCGCAGGCCAAGAGGUCGGGCGCAGCUGCUGCGUGCUCAAGUACAAGGGCAAGACGGUCGUCUGCGAUGCGGGCGUCCACCCGGCCUACACCGGCCUCGCUGCGCUCCCCUUUAUCGACGAGCUCGACUGGAGCACCGUCGACGCGCUCCUCAUCACCCACUUCCACCUCGACCACGCCGCUGCACUGACCUACAUCAUGGAAAAGACCAACUUCCGCGACGGUACGGGGAAGGUCUACAUGACGCAUCCAACAAAGGCCGUCUACCGCUUCCUCAUGUCCGACUUCGUCCGCAUCUCCAACGCCGGCACCGACGACAACCUGUUCGAUGAGAACGAAAUGCUCACAUCCUGGAGGCAGAUCGAGGCCGUCGACUACCACCAGGAUGUCUCCGUCGGCGGAGGUUUGCGCUUCACACCCUACCACGCCGGCCACGUCCUAGGCGCCUGCAUGUACCUCAUCGAGAUCGCAGGCCUCCGCAUCCUCUAUACGGGCGACUUCAGCCGGGAAGAGGACCGGCACCUGGUGCAGGCAGAGGUGCCUCCGGUGCGGCCCGACGUGCUGAUCUGCGAGAGCACGUACGGCGUGCAGAGCCUGCCCCCGAGAAUCGACAAGGAGGAGCGCUUUACCGCCCUGAUCCACAGCAUCGUACGGAGGGGUGGCCGAGUGCUGCUGCCAGUGUUCGUGCUGGGCCGAGCGCAGGAGCUGCUGCUGCUCCUCGACGAGUACUGGUCGCAGCACCCGGAGCUCCACUCGAUUCCGGUCUACUAUGCCUCGUCGCUGGCGAGAAAGUGCAUCGCCGUCUACCAGACCUACAUCCACACCAUGAACGACCACAUCCGCAGCCGCUUCAACCGCCGCGACAACCCGUUUGUCUUCAAGCACAUCAGCAACCUGCGCAGCCUCGACAAGUUCGAGGACAAGGGGCCGUGCGUCAUGAUGGCCAGCCCGGGCUUCAUGCAGAGCGGAGUGAGCCGCGAGCUGCUGGAGCGCUGGGCGCCCGACAAGCGCAACGGCCUCAUCGUCAGCGGAUACUCGGUCGAGGGCACCAUGGCGCGCAACAUCCUCAACGAGCCAGACGAGAUCAUCGGCAUGAACGGCCAGAAGAUCCCGCGGCGGAUGUCGGUCGACUACAUCUCGUUUUCCGCCCACGUCGACUAUACGCAGAACGCGCGCUUCAUCGACGAGGUCAAGGCCCAGCACGUCGUGCUCGUCCACGGCGAGCAGAACAACAUGAGCCGGCUGCGCGCCGCGCUGCAGAGCAAGUACAGCGACCGGUCCGAGGACGUCAAGAUCCACACGCCGCGCAACUGCGAGCCGCUCAAGCUGCGCUUCAAGGCCGAGCGGACGGCCAAGGCCAUCGGCCUGAUCGCCUCCAAGCCACCCGUCCAGGGCGGAAUUAUCGAUGGCCUGCUCGUCUCCAAGGACUUUGCCUACACGAUUCUCGAUCCAAAGGACCUGACCGACUUUACGGGGCUCAGCACGAGCACCAUCAUCCAGCGGCAGCGAAUGGCGCUGGCCGUCAGCUGGGAGAUGGCGCGGUGGCACCUCGAGGGCAUGUACGGCAAGGUGGUCGAGGGGCUCGACGUCGAGGGCCUGCGGACGAUGCGGAUCAUGGGCGCCGUCGACGUCAAGCAGAGCGGGCCGCACGAGCUGACCGUCGAAUGGGUUUCGAGCGUCGCCAACGACAUGGUGGCCGACUCGGCCGUGGCGCUGCUGCUCGGCGUCGACAGCAGCCCAGCCUCGGUCAAGAUGACAAUGCACUCGCACAAGCACGACCACGGGCACGGGCACGUCGAUGGCGAAGAGGGCUCGCGAGCCAAGGUGGAGAGAGCGGCGACGCCCGACGCGCCAGCGUCGGCGCGCAAGGUGGCUGCCGACGUCGUCAACCCGUACUCUGAGGCCGCGCUGCCAGUCAAGCAGAUCUCGAUCGACGAGCAGCGGGACAGCGAGGCGGAGCAGACGGCGCUCCACUACGACGUUGCCAAGAUGGAGCACAUUGCGGCCUUCCUCGAGGCGCACUACGGGCAAGUGGAAGAGGUGCUGAUCGGAGAGGGUGUCGCCAACAACGAUGCGGCGGAAACAAACGGCCACGUCGAGGAGGCGACGACCACGACAGCAGCAGCGGCGGCGCCCGAUGAGGAAGGUUUUACGAUCAAGCCAGACCCGGAUGCGGAAGAGAUGAUGCCGCCGGCAUCGGCAGACGUGGUCAAGGCGGAUGACGGCGCAGGGAGCGACGCGAUCAAGGCUGGAGCAGCAGACGGGAACGGCGACGGGGAUGAGACGAUGGCAGACGCCAACGGGGCGACGCCACCGCCGCCGCCGCCGAGACCGCUCGUCGAGUGCUUUGACGGGCCGCCGCGCGCCGGUCUGCGGGUGAUGCUCGACGACCAGGAGGCGGUGCUGGACGUGUCGAACCUCGUCAUCCUCUCGACGUCGGACCAGCUGCGCUCGCGUGUGCUCCACCUGACGAAGUUGGCGUUGCGCACCAUGACGAGCCUCGACGAGAGCUUUGUGCUGCCGCAGCAGCUGGGCAGCAACGUCUUCAUGGGCAAACACGGCGUGCCUGCCGACCUGGCGGCGAUCAAGGCGGAAGACGAGGCCGAGGCUGGGGCGGCGAGGUCUAAGGACGAGACCAAGAUGGUGGAGGGGUGA